AUGGCAACACCACGAGGGCCGGUGCUCGUGGCGGAGUCCAAUUCGCCAUCACCAAGCCAGGACAGGUUCCUCGUCGCGUCGCCAUACCAUGAACGGGAACAUCUCCUGGAUCUGGACACCCUUGACACAGAAAAUCAGCUUCUUGCUCUCUCCCUGACGAAGAUGAAAUCCUUACGAGAGGAUUACGCCACGGCGCCGUAUCUCGACACCUUUAAUUGGGAUGAAAUCAUCGACACGCUCCGGGUACUAGCCCGAGGAAUCGACCAUACCUGGAGGAAGACCUCCUUCUUCGUUGUCGCCUUUCGUUCUCGAAUUCCUCCGACAACGGUUUACGCCGAGCUUGGUACGCUGGAUAAAGCUGCCCACGCAGAGGCUACGGCCAGUGGGGGUUUUUUGAAGUAUUGGUUUGGGAAUCCUGAUGUCGAUGGGCGUAACUUGGCGACCUGCAUCUGGCGAACCCAGGAGGAUGCCAAGAAGGGGGGAAUUGGCCCGGCUCACCGUCGGGCAGCUGGUGCGGCCAGGUCGUUAUACUCACACUGGAAGAUUGACCGUCACAGAUCCUAUCACCUUAUCAAGCCCACCUUCCGGAUUCCGCUCAGUCAGCUGCAGAACAACAUGGCCGACGCGCAAAAGGAUGUGCCAUUCAAAUCGGCACAGGUCGAGUCACUGGUGGUGAUGAAGAUUGUGAAACACUGCUCUUCCAGCUUCCCGACCCCUGCCACCGGGUCCCUUGUAGGAAUGGACAGUAACGGUUUCCUUGAGAUCACGAACGCUUUCCCAUUCCCUACCGUCGAUGUUUCGAGCACCGACAGCCACCAGUCCGAUGCCUCCAGCCUCGCCGCCGCAGCCCCUCGUGCGAAGGCCAAUAUCGCUUACCAAAACGAGAUGAUCAGGCAUCUAAAGGAAGUUAAUGUCGAUGCCAAUAAUGUGGGGUGGUACACCAGCGCUACCAUGGGCAACUUUAUCAAUCUCAGCUUCAUCGAGAACCAAUACCACUACCAGCGCGACAACGACAAGACGGUCGCCCUCGUCCACGACGUGAGCAGGAGUUCACAGGGCGCCUUAAGCCUGCGUGCAUUUCGGUUGUCCGCCGAGUUCAUGACUGCUUUCAAGGAGGGCAAGUUUACAACGGAGAGCCUCCAAAAGUCCAAGCUGACGUUCCGGGACAUCCUCGUCGAGGUCCCCGUCAUCGUUCACAACUCCCAUCUCCUUACCUCCUUCCUACAUCAAAUUCCCGCCCCUCCGGAUUCUGAGGAGAUACCUCUCCCCACGUCGCUCGAAGAUAUCCACCGUGAUCCCGCCAAGCUCCCCGCGCACCCGUCAUUUGAUACUUUGGAUCUUUCGAUUGACCCCUUCCUCGAGAAGACAUGCGACCUACUCCUCGAUAGCAUCGAGUCCCACUACUCGGACCUCAACAACCACCAGUAUUACCAGCGGCAACUUACCCGCGAGCAAUUCAAGAUCACACAAUGGCAAACGAAGCGUAAGGCGGAGAACGCUGCGCGUUUGGCCGCCAAGCAACAGCCGCUACCCGAGGACGAAUGGCAGAGGCUGUUUAAGCUCCCCCAGGAACCCAGCCGACUGGAGGGCAUGCUUAAUGCGAGGCAAGUUGAACAGUACAGCAAGCAGGUCGACGGUUUCACGGCUACAAUCACCACCAAGAUGUUCGCUGUCAGGGGAAAUUUGUUGCCCGAGUAA